AGAUGUCUGCAAGUGGAAGUGGAGCUGGUGGGAGCCAGCCGCCGCCGGCCGACGAUCUAUUGGCUCACAUUAAUCUGAAAGUCAAGAGCCAGGAGGGUGAGGAGGUGUUCUUCAAGAUCAAAAAAGGAACUCCACUGAGAAAACUCAUCAAUGCCUAUUGUGAUCGAACGUCGAAAAGCCCUGAAUCCGUUGCUUUCCUGUUUGAUGGACGCAGAAUCAGGCCUGAACAAACUCCUCAUGACCUUGAUAUGGAAGAUGGUGAUGAGAUCGAUGCAAUGCUGCAUCAAACCGGAGGUGAUGAAAUCCAUUUUCUGUGGAACAAUGUGCAUGAAUGAUUGAGAUUAUCUGAGAAGCCGUCGUUCUAGUGAAA